AUGGCGCUUGUCGUCGCAGAGAUCUGUGCUCAAGUUUACAAAUGGAAUAUUCAGACUCGGCAGAACGGUGUUGUUACUUCCUCACAAGGGGGUUUUAAUCUCUCUAUGACUGGAGGAAGAACAAUUAGGGUCCUUGAUGUUACCUUCACCCCAAGUGAAACAUAUCAUAAUUUGAAUGAUCAACAACUAAUGACCUUUCAAGGUGUCCAACUGGGUUGGGUGGUGGAUCCAGUGAAUAAAAAUGUCUAUGUACUCAAGCAAGAUAGAAGGGGAUUCAUGUGCACCUGGAAUAAGGGAUGGAAUAAUGUUGAUGGUGGGAAUGUAUUGCCAAGUUUCGUGUUAAAGGUCUGGAAGAUUGAUGAAGCCACCUCACAACUACCAUCAGAAUCUUCUUCUUCUGGACUGGAUCAUCAGACAGUGACUUUGACUGUCCUAAAUGUGAUUUAA